UCACCGUAUGAACAGCUUAAAUUCAAUGGAAACUUUGCUAGGUUUUGCGUAUAGCGUGUAGCAGAAACUUCUCGUUACUGUCAAUCCGCGUCGAAGUCGUACUUAACACUAAACAAACAUCUCAUUUUCGACCGGUCUUGGCCGGGCGCUACCGAAAGAAACAAACAGAAGCAGCCUCGAUCACCGCUGCACCCAUAUCUUCCCUCGAUUGUUUGCGAUCCAAGACGGACGGGCAUGCAUGGCGACGACGACGGCAGCAGCCACCGGCACGGUGGUGCUGGUAGACGCGGCGCUGGCUCCGUACGAGUACCCUGAUCUCCGGUGGCUAGUCCGGAAGCACGUCCUCGCCGUCCUCCAGGAGUUCCCCACCCUGUCGCCGUCCGUCGACACCUACACCAGCGACAGCGGCGCGUCCACCGUGCUGCUCAACGCGCGGGGCCUCCUCACCGUCUCCUCCGCCCUGCCGCCGGUGCUCCUCACGCUAUGGCUUCCCCGGGAGUACCCGUACCUGCCGCCGCUCGCCUACGUCUUCCCCGCCGCGGCGCCGUCGUCGGCGGCUCCGCUCUCGCUCGCCCGCGACCACCCCUUCGUCGACCACCGCACCGGGCGCGUCCGCCGCACGGUGCCCUACCUCGAGGACUGGGCCGUGCCGCGCUCCAGCCUCGCUGGCCUCGUGCGGAGCCUUGUUGCGGCCUUGAGGAUGUGCCACCCGCUGACACCCCGCUUCGGCUCCGCCGUCGUCCACGCCACGACCAGAGCGACGCCGGUGGAGGAGGAGCAGGAGCGCAUGCGCACGGCGCUGCUCGACGAGCUUGUGUCGAGGCUGGGCAGGGACACGGCCGCCUUCCGCGGCCACGUGGACGAGGACAUACACGCCAUGUCCUCCAUCCAAGGCAGCCUCCGAGCGCGGGGCGACGCCAUGGACCGCGCCGUCCGCGACCUCGAAGACGAGAGGUUGCGGCUGGAGCGCGCCGUGACGGCCAGCCUUAGCCACCGCGGCAAGCUGCUGGCCUGGCUGCACAAAACAAGCAGCCGCGCGCCCGAGCACGACGCGAGAGCGCCACCGCCUCUGGCACCGCACGCGGCGGCGGGCGACGCGCCGCGGUGGCUCGAGAGCAAGGCGUCGGAGCUCGCCGUGGACGACACCGUGGACGCCCUUGGCCACGCCCUGGAGGACGGCGACCUCAUCAGCUUCCAGGAGUACAUCAAGCGUGUCAAGGUGCUUGCUCGGGAGCAAUUUUUCCAUUGCCAUGCAGCAGGCACCUCGAUGAUGAGCAAGCACACCAAAUAAUUUGUUGCAUUAUAUUAGUUCAGAGUUUUGUCCAGGAAAUGUUGUACUAGGUAGUGUCGUUCUUCACUGUAUUGAUUGAUUGUUUGUUAGAAACUGUACAUUCAACA